AUGAUUCAAUUUCUGAAAAAUUUACAGCUUCAUAAGAAGAAGGAUAGUGAUAGUACUAAAGAGCCGAAGAGAAAGGGUAAAAUGAAAUAUGAUGACUUUAACUUUAUUCGCACGCUUGGUACAGGUUCGUUUGGACGAGUAAUUCUUGCGACACACAAAAAUGAAGACUUACCCCCUGUGGCAAUAAAGAGAUUCGAAAAAAGCAAAAUAAUAAAACAGAAGCAAGUCGAUCAUGUAUUUUCUGAGAGGAAGAUACUGAACUAUAUAAACCACCCAUUCUGUGUGAAUUUAUAUGGAUCUUUCAAGGAUGAGUCUUACUUAUAUUUAGUGCUAGAAUUUGUAAUUGGUGGUGAAUUUUUUACCUUUUUGAGAAGAAAUAAACGAUUUCCAAAUGAUGUAGGAUGUUUUUAUGCAGCACAAAUAGUCUUGAUAUUUGAGUACCUUCAAAGUUUGAAUAUUGUCUAUAGAGACCUAAAGCCAGAAAAUCUACUUCUCGAUAAGGAUGGAUUCAUAAAGAUGACAGACUUUGGAUUUGCAAAGGUUGUAGACACACGAACAUACACCUUGUGUGGAACACCAGAGUACAUUGCUCCUGAAAUUCUUCUAAACAUAGGACACGGAAAGGCGGCAGACUGGUGGACCCUAGGGAUUUUCAUUUACGAAAUUUUAGUUGGAUGCCCCCCAUUUUAUGCAAACGAGCCUCUUCUUAUUUAUCAAAAAAUUUUGGAGGGCAUAAUUUAUUUUCCCAAAUUUUUGGACAGCAAUUGUAAACACCUUAUGAAGAAAUUGCUAUCUCAUGAUUUGACAAAACGUUAUGGGAACUUAAAAAAGGGGGCCCAGAAUGUUAAGGAACAUCCUUGGUUUGGUAAUAUUGAUUGGGUUAAUUUAUUGAAUAAAAAUGUAGAUGUUCCGUACAAGCCGAAAUAUAAAAAUAUUUUCGAUUCUUCAAAUUUUGAAAGAGUACAAGAAGAUUUAACAAUAGCAGAUAAAAUUACAAAUGAAAAUGAUCCUUUUUUCGAUUGGUAA